GCUGCAAAAGACGAAUUCCCUGUUCAUGGUGUAUUAAUUGGAUUUCGAAGUUUAAAUAUCUAGUUCUGUGGCUUAGCCUCUGCCCAGCCAAUCAAGCAUCUAAUGCUCAAUCAGAAAUGUUGCUGGGCAAAAGCCCCACCUAGCCCUGACCAUUUUCUAAAAACGUGGGUGCCAUGAAAGGCACCGAUGGGCACCACGUUGGGUACUCGUGUUCUAAGUGGUACCUUAGAGAUACCAGAAGGUUCCCGAAUGCUCUUCUUCAUGGGCAAAAUAAGAGGCCCAUUUCAGGCCAUCUGAAAAUGCUCCUUGCAGAUCACCCUAAAGAUGUUGUUGCUUAAUUCUGUGUCUUCUGUGCAGGACUCCACUGGCACAGGCCCAUGCGUGCCUGCACAGAAGACAACAACUAAAGAUAAGUGCAACUUGGUUUUUUAAUGUUGUUUCAAAAGCCUGCCAAACAUGUUGCCCCCUCCCCCUGCCCAGCAGGAUUGGAGCUGCUAAGCUGGAACAUUCUGCGCUAGAUGAUAAAUAUUUAGACUAAUUUUUGAGCAGUCAACGAAAAGCAGCAACGUCCCAAGAAUUUGAGGGCGUUGCUCACGAUUUGUGGUUUGAGUAGAAGGAACAAGCAGAUCUGAUCCAGCGAGCAGAAAGUCAUGAAAUCUGAACAAAAAUCACGGUUAUAAGAAUUGAAUGCAAAACAAAAAAGCGUUGGUCCUACUUUAGCAGUACUUCUUUCAAAAAGGCUGAUGGCUGCAAUAUUUUCUUCUUUGCAACAUUCCUUUGCAGAGCUGACUCAUAAAAGAAAUGUUCGUAUUUUAAUUUCUUCAAAAAAACCAGCAACCCCAAUAUGGAGGAAAAAGGUGGUGCUUAAAGACUUCUUGGAAAUGCCCUAACAAUAGGAACUUGUCACAGCCAUUCAUCUUUCAGAGCAGCACGCCACCUUUCUUGGCUGUUUUAUCUGUCCGAAGGUGUACACUGGAGUAGUCAAACAAACGGUGGCAGCCCAAUUGAGGUGAAACAUGACAUACCGGUUAAAUUUCUCCAUGUUUCUCCUUUUCUCACUUGUCCUUCGAAGUUCAGGGCUAAGCUGUGGCCCACAGGAAUAUCCUUUGGACGGACUGAAAUGCUGUCACCUCUGUGCUCCAGGAACAACAAUGCAAGCCCGCUGCACAAGAAACACCGACACUAUUUGCCGACCGUGUGAUGAGGGAUCGUAUAACCCGACAUUCACUACGUGGGACUGUAAGAGCUGUACCAUCUGUGACCCUGCCAACGGACUUCAGUGGGUGAAGAAGUGCGAACGCACUUCCGACACGGUUUGCGUGUGUCUCCCGGGCCACGAGCCAGCCACCUCUGGGUUCGGCGAGAAAAGAUGUAAUCCCUGCCCUAAAGGACAUUUCUCCAAAGGAGGGGAGAAAGCAUGCACCCCUUGGACAAAUUGUACGGCUACAGGAAGAACAGUUUUCCGAGCCGGGAGCAGGGAGGAAGAUGCAAUCUGCAAUAAUGCCCCCACUCUGACAACCAAGUUACCCAUCAAGAGUUCUUCGAAGAGAGAAAUGGGUCAGGCCACGUCAGUUACGAAGCCCAACUCGACUUCAUCUACCUCGAUUCCUUUGCCAACGGAGGGCCCAUCAGGUGGUGUUCAGAACUCUGAAUAUUUAUUGUACAUCCUCGUCGCUACAGCCUUGCUUCUUGCAUCGGGCGUGAUUAUUCUGUUGAAGAUUUUUGGGAAAACUAAGGAACCAGGGAGGUUUGCGGAACAGAUAUAUAAGGAUGGAAAAAACAGCUUUCGUAUCCCUAUCCAGGAAGAGCAAAUCGACACCAAAGCCAGCCUUGUGCGAAACUGACUUUAGCUGAGAAGAAAAGGUUCAACACUUAGCCAUGGAGAAGGAGAGUAUCCAUUCCUAUCCAUCACCUGAAGCCCAAAUCUUUUGCUCCUACUUCAUCAAUCUCCUAAAGUUGUUCCAAUCGAGUGUGGGGGAAAUUUGCAAUUUUUUUCCCAGGGCCUGUUUAUAUUGCAGAUCGGUGUCAGUUAUUUAUAGAGCAUUUCCAGGUCUGCUCUGGCCGCUGGUGAUUGAUGCGGGAAGGGGGUUUGUGGAAGGAAUGGCUUUCCAGAUCCAGGUUGGGAAAUUCUUUGAGUUCUGGGGAUGGAGCAUGAGGAGGCCUCAUUGGGUUAUUAGACCGUAGAGUCCAUCAUCCAAAAUGUCCAUUUCUGAAGGGGGACUGACCUCUGUAAUCUAGAGAUGAGCUAUUAUUCUGAGGCAUCCUCAGAUCCAACAACUCUAGCUUUAUCCCAUCUCCAGUUGACGUCUCCAACUUUAUCCCAUGUCAUAGGCUCAUUCCGCACAGCAAAAUAAUGCACUUUCAAACUGCUUUCAGUGCUCUUUGAAGCUGUGCGGAAUGGCAAAAUCCACUUGCAAACAGUUGUGAAAGUGGUUUGAAAACGCAUUAUUUUGCGUGUGCAGAAGAGGCCAUAGUUUCCUCCAAAGAAUCCCCGGGGUUGUGGUUUGAGUGAAAGAGGCCGAGAAUUCUUGGUCAGAGAUUCCCAGCCUCUUUUUCUGUCUUCCUGCAUAAGCUCUCCACUUCGGUAAAUCUUUUCAUGAGGUUAUCUUUUUUAUGUAUUUGGAAAUUUAUGUUUCAAUAAAGCAGGCCUACUUGACAGGAUUUGCUUCUAGCUACCAGAGACUUAUACGGCAGUAGAAAAUUUUUAAUUAAGUAGGGUAGGUAUGCCCAAAUUCCUGCCUUUCAAUAUGAAGUUUUGAUGGUGACUCAUACCUGUGUUAGCAGGCCUCCAGUGACUUAAUUUGUCCCAAAACUUCUGAUUUCAAUUGUGGUUUGAUUUGAACAUAUUUUUAGUUUCUUUCCUGGAGGACAUAGGUGUCAAACUCA